CACAUGGUCACCAGCACCAACCUACCUGUUCAUAACGUCACCACUCAACAACUACCAACAUGUCGCGCUCGCUGCAUCAGCGUCUACAGGCGCUUGCAGACUCGUACAAAGACACUUUGAAUCUCAUACAACAACUCCGAACCUUUUCUGCUGCGUCAUGCCCUGAUGCUAACCCAGACGAACGGAGAGUCGACCUUGCAAGCGAAAUCCACGACGGUUUGAAAGAGCAGGAGGACACGCUGGAGAUACUGAGACAAGAACUAGACGAUGACUCAAUACCCAUGCAACGACGAGCUUCGCUUGCAGGCGGGGACCGGGAAAACGAGCGUGAGCGAAACGCAGACUUGUUGGCUCGACUGACAGAAGAUCUGAAAAGCGCGCGUGGCCACUUCCGGAGGGCGCAGCUUGUGGCGAAACGAACGGCCAACACUGAGAAGAGAAAGGAGCGGGAACAAUUAUUUGCAGACCGGAAGGGUGACGGCAGCCAUGCACGAUUUCGGCCUACACACGAUAAGUUGACGCAGGAUGAGCUGGCCGAACGGGCCUCCGAAGACGUGACCAUGGCAUUGCGACGGGUGCACGCGCAGAUGGAGGCAGAAGUGUCGCGCGGUCAAUUCGCCCAACAGACCCUCGACGAGAGUCAAGAGGCGCUGAAGAGUCUGAACGAGAGCUACAGUGGGACGACGGACCUGCUGAAGGCCUCGAGGGGGUUCGUGAGCCAACUGGUGCGCAGCAACAAGUCGGACACGUGGUUCUUGAAGAGCUCGUUCUACAUCCUGGCGGUGACGAUAGUCUGGCUGAUCUUCAGACGGCUUCUGUACGGACCUUUGAUACUCUUUGUUUGGUGGCCGCUCCGCGCGAUGUGGUGGUUCACCCUGACGAGCUUGGGGGCGAUUGGCCUCGGGAAGCCCGAGUUGGCCUCGGAGCCUAUGCCGAAACCGACCAUGUCGAUAUCCAUGCCUGGGGUGAACGCGAGAGGAAUGCCCACGCACAGUUCGGGCAUUCAUUUCAAGAGUAUCAGUUUGGCCCCGAAAGGCGCGGGAUGGCAUCGACAGCCGGCGCAGGCCGAACCUUCCCAGGUCAUCGAGGAGAGCAUGGUGGAGAAGAUAGGGCGUUUGACGGAAGAAGGUAAAAGCCUUGAGGAUCUCACGGAUGAGGAACGCGAAGCACAGUCAGAAGAGCAGCCGCGGAAUACAAAGAAAAGGAUGAUGGAAGUGGAGAUUGAAACUCCUGUGGCUUCAAAAGACGAACUGUAGGAUGAGUUGGUUGUUGUCCACAUUUUGAAUAAUGAAUACCAUUCUCC